GCAGAAAAGGAAGGCAGGGAGGAAGCUACAAAGGGGCACAUUUCAUCUGAACUAAAAGGAAUAAAUUCCUAACACAGAGAGCAUUGUCAACAUGGCAGGGGUUGCCUUAGACAUGGUGGAUUUCCCAUCCCUGAAAGUUUUCAAAUUGAGAUUGGCUUGCCACUGGUCGGAGCUGUUGUGUGGAGGCUUUUGUUCAGCUAUUACUCGAACUUGAUGUUCUCUUCCAACUCUGAAACUGGUUCUGAGGGACAGCUCAGUGGGGCAGGGGAUUACAGGUUCCCAAGCAGCUGAAGGAAAGCUUGCACAGAAACUGCUCCAUGACCUCUUUACCAACUAUACUAGUGCCCUUCGGCCUGUGAAGGACACAGAUCAAGCCCUAAAUGUGACCCUGGAUGUGACGCUGUCCCAGAUCAUUGACAUGGAUGAACGAAAUCAGGUGCUGACCCUAUACCUAUGGAUUCGCCAGGAGUGGGCUGAUGCUUACUUGUGCUGGGAGCCAGAGGUCUACGGGGGUCUUGAUUCCAUAAGAAUCCCCAGCAGUUUGGUCUGGAGACCUGACAUCGUGCUCUAUAACAAGGCAGACACACAGCCGCCAGCUUCAGCUAGCACCAAUGUGGUCCUUCGGCAUGACGGCCGCGUGCGCUGGGACGCCCCCGCUAUCACCCGGAGUUCGUGCCGCGUGGAUGUGGCGGCUUUCCCAUUCGAUUCACAGAGCUGCCGCCUGACCUUCGGCUCGUGGACCCACGUGGGCCACCAGCUGGACGUGUGGCCCGGCGCUCCGGGGGCCGGCCUGGCCGACUUCGUGGAGAACGUGGAGUGGCGCGUGCUGGGCAUGCCUGCCCAGCGGAGCGUGGUCACCUACGGCUGCUGUUCGGAGCCAUACCCAGAUGUGACCUACACGCUGCUGCUCCAGCGCCGAGCCGCAGCCUACGUGGCCAACCUCCUGCUGCCCUGUGUGCUCAUCUCGCUGCUGGCCCCGCUCGCCUUCCACCUGCCCGCAGACUCCGGGGAGAAGGUGUCGCUGGGCGUCACUGUCCUCCUGGCCCUCACUGUCUUUCAGCUGCUCCUGGCGGAGAACAUGCCCCCGGCCGAGAGUGUGCCCCUCAUCGGGAAGUACUACAUGACCACGAUGGCACUGGUGACAGCCUCCACGGCACUGACCAUCCUCAUCAUGAAUCUGCACUACAGUGGCCCAGGUGUCCGCCCUGUGCCUGCCUGGGCUCAGACACUCUUGUUAGGCUAUUUGGCCCGAGGAUUGUGUGUCCGGGAGCGGGGAGAGCCCUGUGGGGGUGCCCAGCACCCUCUUGUUCCUCGUCGCCCCUCAGUGCACCCCAAGCCUCGCCUGGGACAAGGUUCAGCCUCUGGGCCCUGCUCAGAGCCACGUUGCCCUUGUCACCAGGAGGCCCUUCUCCGCCAUGUAGGUGCCAUUGCGGUUGCCUGCCGCAGCCAUAGGGCUGCCCAGCGUCUCAGAGGGGAUUGGAAGCGGUUGGCAAGAGUGGUAGACCGAUUUUUCCUAGCUGUCUUCUUUGUCAUGGUACUUGCCAUGAGCCUGCUGGUCCUGGGCCAUGCCCUCUGAGGACGGAAGGUUUUGGGUGCUGGAAGUCAGAAACCUCGAAGGACCUUGGACCUAGAAGGGGCAUGACAUGGGGCAAGAACCGGGACCUGGAAAGUAAGGGCUUAGACCAGUGAGAGCACCCUAUAAGAUUUAGAGCUGGAAGUCCUUCUUUUGGAAAAAACAAAAACAAAACACACACACACACACACACACACACACACACACACACACACACACAACCCAGAUCCUUAGCUGCUGCUCUGGGCAAGAGGGAAAAUUGUUCUAUAUGAGUCCAGAGGGCUGAACAGAUAAAUAAUAAGACUAAUCCAUGUUUCUGUAACUUUUUAACAUUUACAGAGUAUUUUUUUCAAAACAAAACUGUGAGUGAUACAUGUCUAACCCAGUGGAAUUGCUUGUCAGCUAGGGGAGGGGGGAGGGAAGAGGGGAAGAGAGAUCAUGAAUCAUGUAACCAUGGAAAAUAUUCUAAAUCAAUAAAUUAAUUUAAAAAGCAAACAAAAAA